AUGGAGGACACCCUCACCUGCAGCCAUGCCACCUUCUCCCAGGUGUUUGGACGCCAGGGACAGCUCAUGCACGCCACGGUGCAGUCUCUCAACAGCCUGAACGACCAGAUUGCUCAGUUCAUGGUGACCAGACCCUGCAGCCUGGCUCAUGAGGACGAGUCCUUCAUGCCGGGAGAGAGGGACACCUUGAGGAAGUCCAUGACUCUGAUGAGACACCUGCUAAUGGACGCUCAGGGGAAAAUUCUUAAAAUGAUGGAAGACAACAAACAUCUGGCUCAGAGGAUUGAUGGGGCCAUCCAGUCCGCCAGUCAGGAAGUGACCAACCUCCGCUCUGAGCUCUCCGCCACCAGCCGCAGACUGGCCGAACUGGGUGCCAGCAGCCCCCCCGCUUUAGAAAACCAUCACCAGUACAACCACCACCACGAUGACAGCCUCCAUUACCGGGAUCCAUCGAUGCACCACAGACAGAAGACGGUGGUGAGGGACAUGUGCUACCCGAGAGAGAUAUCCAGCCUGAUGGACUUUGGCACCCCGGACUGCUCGCUAGGCAAAGUGUUGUUGCGUGAGGAGGUGGUCCAGCUUCAAGAGGAGGUCCACCUGCUAAGGCAGAUGAAGGACAUGUUGAGUAAGGACCUGGAGGAGACCCAGGGAGGCUGCUCCGCCAACCUGCUCUCAGCCACCGAGCUGCGCGUGCAGCUGGGGGACAGGGAGCAGGAGCUAGACCGCGCCAAGGAGGCCCUACAAGCUAUGAAAGGUGACCGGAAGCGUCUAAAAGUGGAGAAGUCAGACUUGAUGAGUCAGAUGCAGCAGCUGUACACAACACUGGAGAGCAGAGAAGAACAGCUGCGAGAAUUCAUACGCAACUACGACCAACAUCGAAAGGAGAGUGACGACGCAGUGAAAGUCCUGGCAAAGGAGAAGGACAUGCUGGAGAGGGAGAAGUGGGACUUGAGGAGGCAGACCAAAGAAGCCACGGAGCAGGCCAACAUCCUGCGCUCUCAGAUGGACAUGAAGGAGAACAGGGUCAAAGAACUGGAGGCCGAGCUGACCAUGGCAAAGCAGUCUCUGGCAACGUUGACGAAAGACGUACCUAAGCGCCACUCGGUUGCCAUCCCUAUGGAGCCGGUGGUGAACGGCAGUCAGGAGUGGGUGAUGCAGGCCGACCUGCCGCUCACGGCCGCCAUUCGGCAGAGUCAACAGACCCUCUACCACGGACACAGCACAGACAGACAGGCUGUGGUCAGGAUCAGCCCCUGCCACUCUCGCCAGCCCUCUGUCAUCUCCGACGCCUCGGCAGCCGAUGGAGACCGCUCGUCGACGCCCAGCGACAUCAAUUCACCUCGGCACCGGACGCACUCCCUCUGCAAUUCCAUGGAGGAUCUGGAGGACCAGAAGCGUAAGAAGAAGAAGGAGAAGAUGACUCUGGGAUCUCUGUCGCGGGUUUUCGCUCGAGGCAAGCAGCGCAAGUCACUGGAACCCGGCCUGUUUGAUGGUACAGCCACCCCUGAUUAUUACAUAGAGGAGGAUGCCGACUGGUGAUGCUGAGUGUGUGAGCCUGCGUGUGUGAACCUGCGUGUGUGUGUGUGUGUGUGUGUGUGUGUUAAAUUUGUGUGGAUAUCCACCUGGCUUUAACUGUGUGUGAAGAGUGUUUGUGUGUGAAGGUGGGAGGCGGGUACAUUUGAAAAGAGAAGCCUGAAAGAGACUGCUAUCCCCUUAAAUGUACAGUAUAUUGCCCUUAAAUUGUAUGUUUGUAAAUUAGAUAUAUAUUUAUAGAUGUACAUGUAUGCAUAUGUAUAUAUGUUUACAUGCGUAUAAAUAUAUACAUGGGGUUACUAUUAUCUGUAGACAUGUUAAUGCUGUAUUAUCUUCCAAAUGUCUUUAAUGUUUUGUUUUUUUAUAACUGGAGACUUGAAGGACUGCUGUUCAUAUGUAAAUACUGUAGGAGUUAUUGUGAAUCUAGUGUUUUUAAUGUAAGUGUCAUUUGGCUUUUGUUACUUUACAGUUGCUUUUUUUAUGCUUUGCUACAUUGAUAUCUAAUGUUCUUCUUAUUCCCACUCUUGGCCUAUUUCUUAUUAUGAAAGAGAUAUUACCUGAUUGGCUUCAAAAGAAAUUCAUCACUUGGAGUUAUAAUUGGCCAAAGUCUGUGGUUUUAUGAAAAAUAAUACUUAGUUUGAGAGGCUUUGCUGGUACAUUGUUGCUAUCAAGAUUUGUUUUAUAAAUGCUGGCUCACAGUAUUUAAACAUAUGUGGGUGGCAGGGAUUUUUUUCGUGAAGGUUUCCUUUUCAAUUUUAUGAUUAACAUCAUAUUAUCAGUUCCUAUAAAUAACAACUGGCCAAGGGUUUAAAGGGCAAACAUCCUUAAAAAAUAUAGUUGCCCGGACCUGAAUGCAAAAACAAAAUAUUAACAGUGAUGCUUAGUCAGGCACACCUCUGCUCUGCACUGCAGUAGAAACACAUGUGCAAGUGCCAAAGGUUGAACAGUCAUCUUUAGAAGACCUGCGUAUCAUUCUGUCACUGUUAGCACUAGCCUAUCAUUGUUUAUGUCUGACUCAUAUCUUACUGAGCGCUAUCUAACAUGCCAAUAUAAGACGAUGGAAUGUGCAUUACACACCUGCAUGAUCCCUCUUUGUUGCUUUGAUUAGAUGUCCAUUCAUUGCCAAUCAAAUUAAUAAUAUCCACAACCCUGUGUUGCUCCUGUGUUACCUUUCCCCUUAGCUGAGUUAUCUCUCCUUGCAUUAUGAAUGCACGGUCCCUUUUGCCUUUUUUUGUUGUUGCUUUGUGUAGAAUCCCUCCUCAUUUAUGCAAAUGUGGCUCUAAUAAUUCUAUGUUAAAUGCUUUGUAAUUUAGGAGAUGUUGCAUAAAAGAUUAAAUCUAUUGAAGUAUUUUAUUUAAAAAGACAAAAAGUAGAGGUAACUUCAAAUAUUUAUCUGCUGCAGCUGUUGCAGCCAGAUGUCGAGGAGGUUUUAGCAUUUACAAAAAUGAAUUAUAAUUGAAAUGAAAUCUUAUUUUAAAAAUAAAACUAGUAACUGAAUACAUCCUA